AUGAAAGUUCCAAUUUUAAGUAGAUUAAGAUCAUUAUCAUCAAUUGAUAGAAAUAAUGAAGAAAAAAAUGUAGACAUGGAACAUCAAGUUAGCUUGGACUUUGCUAGUGCUCCAAAUUCUCCUACCGUCAAUAAAUCUGAUAAAAAUAAUAAACAUGAUAAACAUGAUAAAAGUGGUGAAAAAGCACCAUCAACUCCAAAAAUCACAACAACUUCACCACCAUCUCCAUCUUCAUCAUCAUCGCCAUCACCAUCAUCAUCAACAACAACCUCACCAACUACUACAACUACAACUUUAUCAGGUAGUGAUUCAGUUUCCAAGAAAUCAGGUAAAACAUUAUCACCAACAACACCAACAUUAAAAAGUACAUUGUCGACAUCAUCAAUGAAAUCAACACCAUCUGGAAGUGUAAAGAAUACUCCACGUCAAACUCCACGUCAAACACCACGUCAAACACCACGUGGUAGUAUGACACCAAGGGAAGGAGGUAGUGAUCAAUUUGAAUCUGGAUCAUUAUCACCAAUUGGUGAAACUUAUUUAGAAGGUGAAGGUUAUGAGGAAUCUCCAAAAUCAUCCUCAUUCUUUAGUAAAUUCAUUUCAAAUACAUUCUCUGGUUUCUCAAUGGAUGCUGCUCCUGAAACUGUUGUAACAUCAACUCCACGUCAACAAUCCAGACCACCUUCUGCUCAAAAUACUCCAAAUUUCACUUCUCAAGGUGGUUCAAGAUCAACUUCAAGAAGACAGUCUGCAAUCCAACUUUAA